AGAGGCCAACCAUGAGUUUCCACAAGGAGGACGGAGUGAGCAGCCUGUGCCAGAAGGCGCUGCACAUCGUCACCGAGCUGUGCUUCGCGGGCCAGGUGGAGUGGGAGAAGUGCUCGGGCAUCUUCCCCCGGGACAGGGGCAGCCAGGGCGGAAGCAGCACAGAUAUUUCGGUCAGCUUGUUAGCGGUGGUUGUCAGCUUCUGUGGCCUGGCCUUGUUGGUUGUCUCACUUUUUGUCUUCUGGAAGUUGUGCUGGCCUUGUUGGAAAAGCAAACCUGUGACUUCCAAUGUCAGCACCCUUCCACAGAGCAUUUCAAGUGCUCCUACUGAAGUCUUUGAGACCGAAGAGAAAAAAGAAGUUAAAGAAAAUGAAAAGCCAGCUCUAAAAGCUAUUGAGCCUGCUAUAAAAAUCAGCCACACUUCCCCUGAUAUCCCAGCAGAAGUCCAAAAUGCUUUAAAAGAACAUUUAAUUAAACAUGCACGUGUGCAAAGACAAAUUACUGAACCUACAUCCUCAUCCCGCCACAAUUCCUUCAGGAGACACCUACCAAGGCAAAUGCAGGUUUCCAGUGUUGAUUUUAGCAUGGGCACAGAACCAGUUUUACAAAGAGGAGAAACAACAACCAGCAUUGGGAGGAUAAAACCAGAGCUCUACAAACAGAAAUCCGUUGACUCUGAGGGCAACAGGGAAGAAGAUGUCAAAACCUGUGGGAAACUUAACUUCACCCUCCAGUAUGACUAUGAAAAUGAACUUCUGAUUGUUAAAAUUAUCAAAGCCUUAGAUCUCCCUGCUAAAGACUUCACAGGCACUUCUGACCCUUAUGUGAAGAUGUAUCUUCUUCCAGAUAGGAAAAAGAAAUUUCAGACCCGUGUGCACAGAAAGACUUUAAAUCCUCUAUUUGAUGAAACUUUUCAGUUUCCUGUAGCAUAUGACCAACUAAGCAACCGAAAACUACAUUUCAGUGUAUAUGAUUUUGACAGAUUUUCUAGACAUGACAUGAUUGGGGAAGUGAUUCUUGAUAAUUUGUUUGAAGUCUCUGAUCUCUCCAGGGAAGCCACAGUGUGGAAAGAUAUUCAUUGUGCUACCACAGAAAGUAUAGAUCUGGGUGAAAUCAUGUUCUCCCUUUGUUAUUUGCCAACUGCUGGACGUAUGACAUUGACAGUCAUCAAGUGCAGAAAUCUGAAGGCUAUGGAUAUCACUGGGUCAUCAGAUCCUUAUGUCAAAGUGUCUCUGAUGUGUGAAGGUCGGAGAUUAAAAAAGAGGAAAACAACGACGAAAAACACUCUAAACCCUGUGUACAAUGAGGCUAUUAUUUUCGAUAUCCCUCCAGAGAAUGUGGACCAGGUCAGCCUCUCCAUUGCAGUCAUGGAUUAUGAUAGGUAUGACCACAAUGAGGUCAUAGGAGUGUGUAGAACAGGACUGGACGCUGAGGGUCUUGGGCGAGACCACUGGAAUGAAAUGCUGGCCUAUCACCGAAAACCAAACCAUUGGCACCCUUGCUGGAGUUACCUGCCGGGCAACCAGUUUGAUAGUCAAGGAUCCUGUCCAUCUCCCAAACCACCUUCCACACCAUAAUGCCUCCAGAUAAAGACCAUUUUAAUAAGGACC